CUUGUUCAUAAGUGAAAACCGUCUAAAAUGCUCGAAGAAAGUGAAGUCCGUGCGUUCUAUGCGGGCAAAAACUUUUUCAUAACAGGAGGUACCGGCUUUGUCGGAUUAUGUUUGAUAGAGAAGAUUCUCCGCACGAUUCCUGAUUCUGGCAAAUUGUACUUAUUAAUGAGACCGAAGAAAGGUAAAGAAAUAACAGAGCGACUGGAGGAGUUUCGUACAAACCCGGUGUUCGAGAAGUUGUUAGAGACAAACUCAACAGAUGUCUUCAAGAAACUUGUGCCAGUGGCAGGUGACGUGGGCGAGGAUAAUCUUGGGCUCAGUCCACAGGAUCGUACAACAUUGAUUGAUAAUGUUCAUGUCGUCAUACACUCUGCAGCCACACUUGACUUUCAGGAGAACCUGAGACCGACAGUAAAGAUCAACGUCCUGGGAACUAGAAGAGUCAUGGAAUUGAGUCAGCAGAUCAAGAAUUUGAAGGUUGUGGUCCAUGUGUCUUCGGCAUACGUGAAUUCUUAUUUAAAGGAGGCUUACGAGAAAAUAUAUGAAGCUCCGGAAGACGUGGAGAAGGUCAUCGCACUGGUAGGAACCUUGUCUGAUGAGGGCCUGGACCAGAUUGAGGGCAAGUUGCUGAAGACACACCCGAACACGUAUACAUUCACUAAACAUUUAGCAGAACAUGAAGUGUUGAAAUAUGCUGACUUCUUCCCUUGCACCAUUGUUAGACCAACUAUGAUCGUGGCAGCGUGGAAGGAACCAGUACCCGGAUGGACCUGCUCCAAAGUGGGGCCACAGGGAUUCCUUAUGGGCGCUUCUAAAGGCGUUGUCCGUCGUCUACCAAUAGCGAAGGAAAUCAUCGCUGACUACAUACCAGUGGACAUUGUGAUCAACGAGCUGCUAGUCGCUGGUUGGCAAGCGGCCAAAGCUAAGUCUGGUAUAUCGGUGUACCACUGCUCGUCAUCCACUCAACGUCCGUUCCAAUGGGUGAUGGCAGAUACCCAAGUGAACGCCUUGCUACACAAAUACCCUCUUAAAAGUGCUGUUUGGUACCCAUAUCUAAAGUUCGUUUCAUCUCUAUGGCUGUUCCGGUUGUCGGCGAUUUUCGUUCAUUUCUUUCCGGCAAUACUGCUCGAUAACCUGCUCCGUAUUACUGGCGGACGACCCAUCCUGUUCCGGCUGCAUAAAAACGUGUGGAACUCCCUGAACCGCCUGGAGAAGUUCAUCUUCACCGAAUGGCGCUUCCACAACCAGAACACCAGGGAGCUGGAAGGGAAACUCGGCGACGCCGAUCGGAAGCUGUUCAAUAUCGAUAUCUCUGAAUUAAAUUGGGAUGAGUAUAUAGAGAUACUGGUGCGAGGUGUGCGUCGAUAUCUCAACAAAGAGACUGAGAAAACUCUUCCUGCAGCUAGGAAUAAGGAUUUCAAGCUUCUAAUCUUCCACAUAAUCUGGCAAAUGCUGAUGAUACUCCUCUGCUGGUGGCUGGUCUCCUGCCUCACCGGAUUCUCCAUGACGCAGUGCGCGUGGGCAGCUCCCGUCAGUUACAUUUUGUACUCCUUUUUGUAAAUUAAAUUUUUACAAAAACAUUGAUUCCGGCAGACUAAACUGGGAUUAAUUAAAUUAAGUUCAUAUAUCGAGCCCCCCU